UUUCCCUAUAUAAACCCCUCCCCCCUCCUCACUUUUCUUUCGGAAAAAACCCAAAAGUUAAAAUCUGGAGCUGAGGCGGCUGGCCAUGGAGGGCAUGAAGAAAAAGUUGAGCAAGUAUGUGAGUUUCAAGGGCUUGGCCCGGACCCGAUCGGUGGACCCGAUGGCGAGGAAGAGCAGAUCGUGGAACAGCGGCUCCAAAUACAAGCACCCGGUGGCUCCAUACGGGUGCUUCGCCGUCUACGUGGGACCCGACAAGCAACGGUUCGUGGUCAGAACGGAGUUCGCCAAUCAUCCCUUGUUUCAGAUGCUUCUAGAAGAUGCUGAGCUGGAAUACGGUUACAACAGCCAAGGCCCAAUAUUGCUUCCUUGCGAGGUGGGUUUGUUCUACCAGGUGCUGGCGGAGAUGGACGCCGGCGAUGAUCGGCUCGGCGACGGCGGCCAUUGGACGUCCGGCGACGGUGGUGGUUUAAUUACUUGCAGUCCGCUCCGGCUCACCACGUGCGCCAGUAGACAGGCCGGCUAUAGCCUGCUGAGUCCCUCCUCCAUGCUUAAAUUAAAUGGUCUUUGACUCAGUACAUAGAUAUUUACAAAUAUAAAUAUAAAUAUCUUUAUUUUUCUCUCUCUCUUUAUAUAUAUAAAAUGAUA